GGUAGAGGGGGGGGAAGGCGCCGGUGUCCGGCUCCUGGCGGAAGCGCCGGUGUGUGGGGGCCCAAGAUGGCGGCGGGGAUGUACCUGGAGCACUACCUGGACAGUAUUGAGAAUCUGCCUUUUGAACUGCAGAGAAACUUCCAGCUUAUGCGAGAUCUGGAUCAGAGAACAGAAGACCUCAAAUCGGAGAUUGAUAAGUUGGCCACGGAGUAUAUCAGCAAUGCACGGACUUUGUCGUCAGAGGAAAAACUGGGGCUUCUCAAGCAAAUCCAGGAGGCCUACGGGAAAUGCAAAGAAUUUGGGGAUGACAAGGUUCAGCUGGCUAUGCAGACCUAUGAGAUGGUUGAUAAGCACAUCCGACGGCUGGACACAGAUCUUGCUCGCUUUGAAGCAGACCUGAAGGAGAAGCAGAUAGAAUCGAGUGACUAUGACAGUUCUUCCAGCAAGGGCAAGAAGAAGGGCCGAGCCCAAAAAGAGAAGAAAGCUGCACGUGCACGCUCUAAAGGGAAGAAUUCUGAUGAAGAGGCACCAAAGACUGCCCAAAAGAAAUUAAAGCUUGUCCGCACUAGCACAGAAUAUGGGAUGCCUUCAGUCACAUUUGGAAAUGUGCACCCUUCAGAUGUAUUGGAUAUGCCUGUGGACCCCAAUGAGCCUACUUACUGCCUCUGCCACCAGGUCUCCUAUGGGGAGAUGAUUGGCUGCGACAACCCAGAUUGCUCCAUCGAAUGGUUUCAUUUUGCCUGUGUGGGUCUGACAACAAAACCAAGAGGAAAAUGGUUCUGCCCUCGCUGUUCCCAGGAGAGGAAGAAGAAGUAAAAUCCCAUGAGCCUUGAAUACUGCUGCAGGAGCUCUCUUCCCCCUGCCAGGGCCUCGUCCCAGCUCCCCCAGCCCUUGGGACCUUGGCUAGGGGGAGUCUUGCCCUGUUUGUGGUUUGGGCCAUCCCUGGAAUGGUGUGUACCCUUGCGGCAGUUCCAGUGUGUCCUGUAUCCCUGGCUGCUUCCAAAUCCUUAAGGGAGGCCCUCUCUGUGUACUAUUCCAAACAGGUCUCUGAACCUCAAAGGGAGUGAAUGAGGGCACCAGGGUAGCCACCAGAUUCCCAGGGAUUCAGGUAGCCCCUGAUUUUCCUUGGCUUUCCUUCAGCCUCCUCAGAGUUCAUUGCCUACUCUCUGCUGAGAGAACAAGGCUAUGGGAUGGGGGAAGGAAAGGAGGUAAGUCUUCAGCAUUUUAGGUCUUCUAUUUUCCUGGAUCUUUUUCAGGAGAGAGGGAGUAACCAGGCCACUGCUUAAUCUAGUAGCUUGGUUGAGAGACUGAAAACUUUAACGUACUCCCUAUCUUUAAUCAUUCCACUACUUUGUCUGGCAUUGAGCAGCCUCUUUUAUUGGGGCAAGGAGGAAGAAGGAGAGUUUAGAGCUAGCUUUCUCUCUUACUCCUGGGGUAAACCUGCUGGCCUGGGAAGCACACUGUAUGAAGGAAGAAGAAUUUCUGGCCAUGUGGUGAGAAACGGUUUGAUUUAGCCUGUCUUCUGGCUCCAGAAUUCUCCCUCCCUUUAGUACAGUGGGGCUUCUCCAUUAUGUUGAUGAUGGAAAGCUGAGGGAUCCAAAAUCCCACUUGUAUACUAUAGAAUUAAAUAAAAUUCAUUCAAACAAA